AUGAUCGACUAACUUAAAAUUUAUAAGGCUGAGCAAGAAAACCUCAUAAUUAACUCAGAUAGAGAUAAUCAAGAGAGUUGGUUCGAAAGAUUGUUUUAUUUGAAAAUAUAUACUUUGAUGAAAGUUUGCAUUAAUAAUAUUUUAGAAUGCUUAAUCCCAUCAAUUAAAUGAAGAAGAAUUGGAAGAAUAUUUUAUUCAAUAAUCAUCACAAUCUUUGCAUGAAAAUUUUUCUGAAUUCUUAAAACAAAACAAACAAUCAAGUUUAACCACAGUGCUAUUAAAAUUUUUUUUUAGUAAAUUUAUUGUAAUUUUAAGAAAGGUUCUUAAAAAUUUAUUGUAUUCAAUUAAUUUAAUUGGGGAGCCAACUUUUAAUGCCAUUAAUAAUCCAAUAUGUACUAAUUUAUAUUUCUAAUGAAAAUAAAAAAACUCAAAAUGGCAUAAUUUUGAUUUGUCUUAUAUUUGGAAUAAGAAUCAUAGUAUUACUAUGUCAACCUCAUUAGAAAUUAAUGCUUGUAUAAGAAAUAUUUUAUGAAAGACAUUAAUUGGAUAAGAUGCUAUGGCAAUUAUUAGUAUGUAGAUAAUGAACAAGUGCUUAAAGUUAUCAACUUUAAGUAACACUUAACGUACUUAAGGAGAAAUAACCAAUUUAAUUUAAGUUGAUGCUCAAAAGAUGUUAUAUGCUUCAAGUAAUAUAUUGAAUUUAUCUAUUAUACCGAUCUAAACUUGUAAAUUUAUUUGAUAUAAUAGUAAUUACUUUAAUCUACAUAUAUAGAGAGAUUGGCUAUACUGUUUUUGUUGGUAUUACGAUUAUCAUAAUAACUUUUAUUGUAAAUCAUUUUCUUGGAAAAAGUUUGCUUUUAUCUUAAAAGGCUGUUUUAAAAAGUAAGGAUGAAAGAAUUAAAUAAACUAAUGAGGUUUUCUAAUAAAUUAAAUUUAUAAAAAUCAAUGCAUACGAAUAAUUAUUUUAAAGUAAAAUAGAAUAGUUGAGAGAAUCAGAAAGAAAAUGUAUUAAAAAGAGACUGGAUCAUUUUUCUUUUAAUGUAUUUUUUGGUUGGCUUUCUCCUUAAUUGAUUUUAAGUUUGAGUUUUGGUGUAUAUGUUUAUUUUGGAAAUGAAUUAACUCCAAGUAAAGUUUUUCCAAUUAUAAGUUUGCUUUUAAUGUUGGCAUCUAAUUUAUAAAUAUUACCAAUUUCAUAUAAUGCAUUAUAAGAAGCAUUACUAUCAUUAAAACGAGUUUCAAGUUUUUUAGAAACAGAUGAAAUUAUGAAUAAAUGCAUAGAGUAGUUUGAUUUAAGGGAUCCAAAUAUUGCAAUAUAAAUAGUAAAUGGUAAUUUUAAUUGGAACAAAACUUAAAUUGAGAAACAAAGUUUAAAUAUUUUAAAGAAUAUUCAAUUAACAAUAAAACCAGGUUAAUUUGUAUCUUUAAUUGGUGAUAUUGGUAGUGGCAAAUCUUCAUUAAUUUAAGCUCUAAUAGGAGAAAUGGUUUAUGAAAAUGAAGAAUAAUAAUAACCUAAUAUUAAAAUUUAUGGAAAUAUUGCUUAUGUAGGAUAAAAGGCAUGGAUUUAAAAUGGAAGUGUCAAAGAUAAUAUUUUAUUUGGAAAGUAAUUCCAUGAAAUUUCUUAUGAAAAUGCUAUUUAUUAUUCAUGUUUAAAUUAAGAUUUAGAAGUGUUAAUUGAUGGAGAUUCUACUAUUAUAGGAGAAAAAGGAAUUAAUUUAUCUGGAGGUUAAAAAGCAAGAAUAAGCUUAGCAAGAGCAAUUUAUAGUGAUGCAUCUAUUUAUUUAUUAGAUGAUCCUUUAAGUGCUGUUGAUAUACAUGUUGGCAAUUUUAUUAUGAAAGAAUGUUUUCUUAAUUAUUUGAAAGAAAAAACUAGGGUCUUAUCUACUCAUACUUUAAGCUUUUGUUAGUAUACUGAUCAAAUUUAUCUUUUACAAAAUGGUGAAAUUGUUGGCCAAGGUAAUUAUUAAUAGAUGAAAUAGAAUUAAAAGUUUUUAGAAAUCGAAUAAAAAUUCAAAAGCGAAACAGAAGAAAUUACUGAUAAUGAUAUUUAGAAAAAACAAAAUACAGAAAGCAUUUAAUAUAUGAAUACUUCUUCUGCAACCAAAAAAUAGAAAGAAUUUAAAAUUGCAGAAGAAUUAAUUUUAAAAGAAGAUCGAUAAUCUGGAGAUAUUGAUUUAUCUGUUUAUCAGAAAUAUUUUGUAUAUAAUGGCGGAUUUAAAAAUUAUCUUCUUUUAAUCAUUAUUAUGUUAAUGUGGAUAAUUGCAUAAUUAUUCUCUAAUCUCUGGAUUGCACAUUGGUCAGGAGAUUUAACAAAUAUAUAUUACAAUUAAAGAACUUACAUAAUUGUUUAUUUAUGUUUAGGUGUACUUUAAUCAUUACUAGCUUAUGGAAGAGCAGCUUUAAUUGCUAAUUCUAGUGUCAAAUCUACUACAAUAAUUCAUAAUUAAAUCAUUUAAAAUUUACUUAAUGCUCCUUAAUGCGAAUUUUUUGAAAGAGUACCUACUGGUAGAAUUAUGAAUAGAUUAACUAAAGAUAUUAAUUGUUUAGAUAUAGAAAUUAAUAUGAAUUUAAGUUUUUUUUCUACAAAAAUAAGUUAAAUUGUUAGUUCGACACUUAUUGCAUUAAUUGCUACUACUAAUUUAAUUAUUUUACCAUUAGCUCUUUUCUUUUAUUUAAGUAUUAAAAUUUAAAGAAAUUACAUGAAGGCUAGUAGAGAAUUAUAAAGGUUAGAUUUAAUAAGCAAAAGUCCAAUUCUAAGUUAUUUUGUUGAAUCAUUAUAAGGUUUAUCAACUAUCAGGGCUUAUUAAAAGUUUUUUUUUUUUUUGAACAAUUUUAGCCAAAAAUUAGACAGGAAUAGAUAAAUUAUAUUUGUUUAAACUUAUGCUAGUUGUUGGUUUAAUUAAAUUUUAGGAUUUUUAAGCUUAAUUGUUAAUAUGUUUGCUAUUAUUUAUUGCAUAAUUUUCUCUGAUAAUGCACCUUUUGCAGGAUUAAUUUUAACUUAUGUAUCAAGUUUGGAUAUUAUUACAUAACAAACAAUUGAAACAAUAGGAUUAGUAGAAAAUAAUAUGAUAUCUUUUGAAAGAUGUUUAGAUUUUACGAAAGUUCCUUAAGAAAAUUAAAAUUAAAAGGAAACAAUUUAAAAUUGGCCGAAUUAAGGGAUAAUUGAGUUUAAAGAUUUAUUUGUAAAAUAUAGGUCGAAUUUACCAUUUGUCUUGUAGGAAUUUUCAUAUAAAAUUAAUUAAAAAGAAAAAGUUGGGAUUGUUGGUAGAACUGGAGCUGGAAAAUCAACUAUUACUCUAAGUUUAUUAAGGAUUUUAGAGGCUUUUGAAGGAUAAAUUUUAAUUGAUAGUAUUGAUAUAUCUUAAAUAUCUUUAAAAUAGCUACGAUCAUCUAUUACAUCAAUUUAAUAAGAUGCUGUAAUUUUUUAAGGAACAAUUAGAUAAAACUUAGAUCCUCUAUAAUAACAUCAAGAUAAUGAUAUUAUAUAAGUUUUAAAUGAUUGUUGUUUAAAUAAGCUUAUAAAUGAAAGAAAUGGUUUAGAUACAAUAAUAAACGAAAGUGGGGAUAAUUUAAGUGCUGGUGAAAAAUAAUUGAUAUGCAUUGCUAGAGCCAUUCUUAAAAAAGCUAAAAUUAUAUUAAUAGAUGAAGCAACUGCAAACAUAGAUUUAGAAACUGAAGAAAAAAUCCAAAAAGCAAUAUCAAUUGCUUUUAAAGAUUGCACUGUGAUUACUAUUGCACAUCGUAUAAAUACUAUUAUGAAAUGUGAUAAGUAACAAUAUUAUUUUAUAAAUAUCUUCUUAGAAUCCUUAUCAUUGAUAAUGGCCAUUUAAUUGAAUCAGGGCCUUCAAAAGAAUUGUUGAGCAAUGAAUCCUCUAUUUUUUAUAGUAUAUAUUAAGAGGUAAUGAAAGGUUAAAAAGUGAUUAUAUGA